UCAGGUUCCAGUGUAGGGGCUGGAAUGCUACUUCUCCUGAUCAUUACUUGAAUCCUGUACGGCAAACUGAAGAGGAUAUACAACAAUAAGCGCAAAGAAAAGGUAUUCAGAAAAAUGUUACAGCAGCAGUUAUCUACUCAGGACAUUCAAAACACGAAGCUUUUCACUGGCAACGAAUUGAGCAAGGCUACUGAUGAAUUCAAUGAGAAUCGAAUUCUUGGCCAAGGUGGUCAAGGUACAGUUUACAAAGGGAUGUUGACCGAUGGAAGGAUCAUAGCAAUCAAAAAGGGUAAAAAUGUUGGUAAAAGCCGCUUUGAAGAAUUCGUUAAUGAGAUGGUCAUUCUGUCGCAAGUCAAUCAUAGGAAUGUGGUAAAACUCCUAGGUUGUUGUUUGCAAACUGAAGUUCCCCUCCUAAUUUAUGAAUUUGUGCCUAAUGGAACCCUUCACGAUCUCAUUCAUAAUCAGAAUGAUGACGAGUUCCCAUUCACUUGGAAAUUGAGACUAAGAAUAGCCACACAAAUAGCAGGUGCAUUGGCAUACCUGCACUCAGAUGUAUCAGUUCCCAUCUUACACGGAGAUGUCAAGUCCAGCAAUAUACUUUUGGACGAAAAAUACAUAGCCAAAGUAUCAGACUUUGGAACUUCGAGGUCUAUUGAAGUUGAUAAAACUCAUUUAACUACACGUGUUAAAGGGACAUUUGGAUAUUUGGAUCCAGAAUACUUUCGGACAAGCCAAUACACGGACAGAAGUGAUGUAUACAGCUUUGGGGUUGUUCUUGUUGAGCUACUUACAAGACAAAAGCCGAUAUCUUCCAUACAAACGGAAGAAGAUCAUGUUGGGGUGAGUUCGGUAGAAAGUUUUUUAAAAUCCAUGAAUCAGAACUCCCUUGUGACAAUUCUUGAUCCUGAACUUGCUGAUGAGAGAAAUGAGGAAGAGGUUAUUCUUGUUGCUGAGCUCGCGCAACGAUGCCUAAACUCGAAUGGGAAAGCAAGGCCAACAAUGAAGGAAACGCACAGGGAGUUGGAAAGAGCUAAACUGUCCAAAGUGGAUUCUACAAUUCAUGCAAAGUUUCAAGAUCCAGGUUGUAAUGGGAAAGAAGCUUUUGGGAAAUCUGAUGGUACAUGUUACACAUGGACAAUAGCAAGUGAUACUGUGGAGUCAAUUUCAGAUGCCUACCCUUCCAUGUAUAAAACAGUGUAA